AUGGACGCUACGGUUUGUAUAAUGGUGAGCACGUAACUGUUUAUCGUGUAUUGCAUCACAAGAAAGCAAGUUAUGGUGUGCAUCCUGUGUCAAAUAAAUGAAAACCGUUAAAUGCGCUUGAAUCGAUGAGCAUUCUUUGGUGAGGUGCGAAUUGUGUUAGUGAAGAAAAUACCAGUGUCACGUAAGUGUGUACGAGCCACUGAAGGUCUUGUAAAACAUCAAGGACUUAUCUUCGCAAAACAUGAACUUUUCUAAGAUUGAUGAGGAUAUAUAAUCAUUUUACAUAUCCGUAGUGGUGCCAAGACAUAGCUAAAACCUGUUUUAACGAUGAACUUUUGUAGGCAUAGCGUUCGCGCUUUAAAAGACUAUAUAUUGAAACUUUUUCAAAAAACGAGUAUAUUAUGUGUCAUGAAAUAUAGAAGAAUGUUAAGGACUGAUUAUAUUAUUCGGUAAAAUUAGGGCUUAACGUUUAAAUUGAAAAGAUAAAUUUAAUCACAUAAAUUUUCACAACCGGUAUUUUUAUGUUAUAUACGGACGAUUCAUAAUAACAAUCGUGAGACGUCAGUUAAAAUGGUAUUUUAUUAUUAUAAAUUUUAACGAAAACUAAACCAUAGCGCGAAACAAUUUUGAUUGUGCAUAGCUGGAACAUGAACAUUUUGUGAUAAUGUUAGAUGUAAAUUGGAAACUGCUAUGGAUUAUACACACGUUCUAAUUAAAGUAUACGAAGACAAUUUUAGUAUCAAGAGUUAUAAACCAAUGCAAGUUUUUGGCCAAUGGAUUUCUUGAAUAUAAUAAAACAUUAUAAAAACUACAUCUUUUACCACAGUGACUUUAAAUUGGAUAUUAUGUGCGAUCUUCUGAAUCUUCUUAUACUAAAAACAUUACUGAGUUGUUUGCUACCGUGUAAUUAUCGUAAGAUAAAAUAUUUAAAGGUGCCAGCACAGCAUCGGUCUUACACGGUAACGUCCUGUAUUCCUAAAACGAUAGAGCCUGGAUGAAGGAAUCAAUAAAGAACUGAUCUUCAAGCCUAUAUCAUAUUAGUAUCAAGGACAAUUUCAAACUAGAAGAAGAAGAAGAAGAAGAAAAAGAAGAAGAAGAAGAAGAAGAAGAAGAAGAAGAAGAAUGGACAGCAACGCAGAUGCAGAUAAUUUAAAUCUAAGUUGUGGAGAAAAUGAUAUAGUGGAUGAAUUAAAAAUUGGAGCUGAUGAAACAUAUGAUACACGCAGUGAAGUAUCAUCCAGCAGCUCGAAUUCAGAUUCUAGUCAACCUAGUAUAAGUUCCAUUUCUACUAAAUCAUCGCGUGGGGAUAACAAGAGGAAUCGCAAGAAUAAAGGAAAACGUGCUAGGUCAAGAGAAUCUAAAUCUUCCAGUCCCGAAACUAAGCGUGCAAGAUCUAAGGAGAGCAAAGGACUUGCUAAGAGUUAUGACUAUGCAACGAAAUUGAAUUACUUAUUUAGAGAUGCAAGAUUUUUCAUCAUCAAAUCUAACAAUGCUGAGAACGUAACACUUUCCAAGGCCAAAGGAGUAUGGAGCACACUUCCUCAGAAUGAAGCUAAUUUAAACCAAGCGUAUAGAGAAUCACGGAACGUAUUGCUUAUUUUUUCUGUAAAAGAAUCAGGAAAAUUUGCUGGUUUUGCAAGGCUCAGCACUGAAUCUAGAAGAGAUGGAGCACCUAUUUCAUGGGUUUUACCUCCUGGCUUAUCUGCAAAAGCAUUAGGUGGUGUAUUCAAAGUAGAUUGGAUAUGUAGAAAAGAAUUACCAUUUACAGCAACAUUGCAUUUAUAUAAUCCUUGGAAUGAUGGCAAGCAAGUUAAAAUCGGUAGAGAUGGUCAAGAGAUUGAGCCUCGUGUCGCAGAAGAAUUGUGCAGAUUAUUUCCUGAAGAUGAAGGGAUAGAAAUGACUCCAAUCUUAAGAAAGUCUAAAGAAGCAGCUAAACAUAUUAUUAAAUCAACACGUUCAUAUAGAGAUAGUAGACCUAUCAGUAAUAAUAGUAGAUUUUUACGUACUCGAGGCAGAGGACGUCGACUUUUCCUGACAUCAAGAUCACGAUUAGCUUCUUUAGCAAGAGGAUCACACUUAUCCAGUGGAGAACAUAGAGGCUCAAGGGAUCAUCAUCAUCAUCACCAUCAUCGAUACACUAAUUGGUUUAAUAGAGGAGAUUCACCUUAUUCAAAAGGAUAUGGUAACACUGGUCUGGGCGUAGCUGCUGCUGCUGAAGCUUAUGUUGCAGAUUAUAUGCGUACUAUGCAACAUCAAUUACCACCAUUGCCACCUUAUGCUGCACCACAUCCAUAUGAUCCUCUACCUCCACCACCACCACCCCCAAGAUAUUAUGAUGGCUUGCCACUACCACCCGACUAUACUGCAGCUGCUUCGGCACUUGAAAAACGCAGUUAUGAGCGAAGUGUAGAUGAAUUUUUAUGGAGAACAGCAAGUCGUCAUAAUCGACAUAGCGAUCAUCGAUCAUCUCGUGAUCACCAUCAUAGAUACAGAGACCGUAGAUAAAUCACAUUUUAAAUAUUUUAUUGAGUAUACACAUAUAUUAUUAAUUUUUCGAUUUAUA